AAGCAGUUCGUCUGACUAUCGGGCCAUCGAACAUGUGCGAUCCUGCCAUGAAGUUGCUAUUGAGUUAUUUGUAAACAAGAUGUUCAAUAUAGGAAAAAUAAAGAUAAAAGCAAUUGCAGAUCUGCAAGCCCCUACACGAAAUAAUGUGCAACCGGAUUUACCGCCCACGACCAGGAACAGAACGCCGGAACAAAAAGGAACGGGAAGAGCUCGUGCGGCUUCCACGACAAAAAAAAUCCAGCCAAAAGCGGAACCAUGCCCAAUCAUAGCCAGCACUGCGUUUAAAGGUUCCAGCAAGAAGACUCCGCUGCCAGGACAAAUGCGUAUAGAUAGCUUUUUUACAUGUGCUGUCAAGAACUACAAAGUAAACAUGGUACCAAAUUCCUCCUCCAAGACGGUGGAUCCUCCUUUGGCCAAGCGGAAAGGAAAUUCCAGGGGACGCAAGCGCCUGUUCGAGGGGUACACAUCCAUUUCCUCAGCCUCCACGGACAAGUUGGAUGCGAUACCGUCAGAGAAUCUAGUGCAGCCUAGUCCCCGUGCGAAAGGCAAGGAGAACGCCCUCUCCGAAUCGGACGUAAUUGACCUGUGCUCCGAGGACGAACAGACCAUAAAAAAAAAACCUUCCGUAGUUGCCUCUCCCUGUCAAACAAGUAGCCCUGUAAUAGCAUCGGAUCUUAAAGGUCCAGAGGCUUCCGUACCAGAAGCGCAGCUAUGCAGUUCCAAAGACAAUCUUAGCAGAGAGAAAAUUACACACGUCUCCAAGAAAUCCUCAUCGAAUAAUUCUUCACGUUUAUCAGCGGUUACAAUCACAAAGGAAAACCUACUGACCAAAAACUCAAAAAAAGGAACUGGGCGCAAACAAAAGAAACCAAAGCCUUGCCCGCCCUAUAAAGUCGUGGAGGGUACAUCCUUCUGUGUCGACGGUUUUCAGUUUGGGGAUAUAGAUAGAGUCACACAUUACUUUCUCACCCACUUUCACGCGGAUCACUACAUCGGCCUGACUAAAAAGUUCUGCUAUCCUCUCUACGUGAGUCCUACUACAGCGCGUCUGGUGCGAACAUUUAUUAAAAUCGAUGAAACGUACAUUUAUGAGAUUGAUGUGGACCAGACCCUGAUAGUAGAUGGCGUCCAAGUAACCGCUUUGGAAGCUAACCAUUGUCCUGGAGCACUUAUGUUCUUCUUUAAACUGAGGUCUGGAGAGUGCAUACUGCACACUGGAGACUUUCGAGCUAGCGCAGACAUGGAAUCCCUACCGAUAUUUUGGAACCAUGCAAACAUCGACCUGCUCUAUCUGGAUACAACGUAUAUGAACAAAAACUACGACUUUUGCCACCAAAGCGAGAGCGUUGACCGAGCGGUUGAUCUGGUGCGCGCCUUCUUAGAGAAAAAUGUAUCUAAACGAAUACUUAUCGUCUGCGGUUCCUAUGUGAUAGGAAAGGAGAAGAUAUGGCUUGCCCUGGCGAAAGAGUUCACUAUGAGAGUGUGGACGGAAAGCAAUCGCAGCACUGCUGUAAGAUGUCUGAAAUGGCCUGAUCUGGAUUCCGUGCUAACAGAAGAUCCUCGCGAAGCAAACAUGCACGUUGUUACAAUGGGAAAAAUCAGCUAUCCGAGCCUGGUUGAUUACUUUACUUUAUUUAAAGACCAAUAUGAUAUGUUGCUAGGCAUAAGGCCAAGUGGGUGGGAAAAAAACGCCAAGCCUUCCUACGGAAAGCUAAUAAGCACCAUCGGCAUCGAGUACUCGGAACACUCCAGCUACAAGGAGUUAGAGCGGUUUGUACGCUUCCUCAAACCAAAGCGAGUCAUAAGCACCGUUCCUGUGGGUCGCGAUUUAUUUGUCACUGGAGAUGUGCCCACUCAGUGGUACAAGUACGAAGGUCGGGCAUCUAUGCUGAGUACAGGGUAUCAGCCGUCGAUAUCCACUUUCCUAGCUACGCCUAAACGCGUAAUUGCUAAAUUUAGUUCAGAUAUUGAAAUGUUUUUGAGCCCCGUGGAAGAGAAUGCUUUCGAAGGAAACAAAGAUAACAUAACAGAGCAUGUAACUAUUAUGUCUAGCCCUACAGAAGAAGAGUGUUUUCAAAAUGAUUCCGAUAUACAAGUUAAAAACGAUCCGCUGGGACCAGACACGUUUUCGAACUCUGAAAUAGUUGGUGGAAACAAUGCAAUGGAAUCCCAAAUUCCAUAUGUUGAAAUAGACAUCAAAAACGAAACUUUCAAACAAUGCAAUGUUAUUGAGGUCCAGAAAAGCGAGGUUGUCUUACUUAGUAGACUGACAUCCGAUGCAUCAGACGAUUGGCUCCUAUAGUGAUUAAAUUGUAGUA